GGUGUCAACAUAGGAGAGAAAUCUGAGGAAAAUGUCAGGACAUGUUAUAUAGGUGAGCGUUGAACUGUCAAGACAGAGACCCCUGGCGUUUUCCGCUAAAAGUGAAAGGAGCCCAGUGAGGUGUAGGAAUCAAGGCCCGGAAGUCGGGGGAAAGCGCUUGAAGAACCUGUUGAACGGCACUUCCAGAACGGAUCAGCAGCCGCAUCUGUGCAAGGAAGGCUGGCAUUGUCCCCUGAGGGGAGCCUAAAGGGUGAGGGGCGGAGAGGCUCCUGGCUAACGAAGGAGGUGACUCCACAGAGCCCAUGGGCAUCGGAAUGGGUUCCAGUCGCAGGACCAGGAGGGACUUUGUUCAGCCAGCUGUAUCCAGCAUGCUCCAAGGCCACAGCUCUGUGUUCCAGGCCUUGCUGGGGACCUUCUUCACCUGGGGGAUGACAGCAGCUGGGGCAGCUCUCGUGUUCGUAUUCUCUAGUGGACAGAGGCGGAUCUUAGAUGGAAGUCUUGGCUUUGCUGCAGGGGUCAUGUUGGCAGCUUCCUAUUGGUCUCUUCUGGCCCCAGCAGUUGAGAUGGCCACGUCCUCUGGGGGCUUCGGUGCCUUUGCCUUCUUCCCCGUGGCUGUUGGCUUCACCCUUGGAGCGGCUUUUGUCUACUUGGCUGACCUCCUGAUGCCUCACUUGGGUGCAGCAGAAGAUCCCCAGACGGCCCUGGCACUGAACUUCGGCUCUACGUUGAUGAAUAAGAAGUCUGAUCCUGAGGGUCCCACGCUGCUCUUCCCUGAGAGUGAACUUUCCAUCCGGAUAGGUAGAGCUGGGCUUCUUUCAGACAAGAGUGAGAAUGGUGAGGCAUAUCAGAGAAAGAAGGCAGCAGCCACUGGCCUUCCAGAGGGUCCUGCUGUCCCUGUGCCUUCUCGAGGGAACCUGGCACAGCCCGGUGGCAGCAGCUGGAGGAGGAUCGCACUGCUCAUCUUGGCCAUCACUAUACACAACGUUCCAGAGGGUCUCGCUGUUGGAGUUGGAUUUGGGGCUAUAGAAAAGACGGCAUCUGCUACCUUUGAGAGUGCCAGGAAUUUGGCCAUUGGAAUCGGGAUCCAGAAUUUCCCCGAGGGCCUGGCUGUCAGCCUUCCCUUGCGAGGGGCAGGCUUCUCCACCUGGAGAGCUUUCUGGUACGGGCAGCUGAGCGGCAUGGUGGAGCCCCUGGCCGGGGUCUUUGGUGCCUUUGCCGUGGUGCUGGCUGAACCCAUCCUGCCCUAUGCUCUGGCCUUUGCUGCUGGUGCCAUGGUCUACGUGGUCAUGGACGACAUCAUCCCCGAAGCCCAGAUCAGUGGUAAUGGGAAACUGGCAUCCUGGGCCUCCAUCCUGGGAUUUGUAGUGAUGAUGUCACUGGACGUCGGCCUGGGCUAGGGCUGAGACGCUUCGGACCCCAGGAAAGGCCAUAUGAGGAAACAGCAGUGGUUGGCUUCUGUGGGACAACAAGCUUCUUUCUUCACAUUAAAACUUUUUUCCUUCCUCUCUUCUUCAUCUCAUUAUCCUGAUUGACUCUGAUUAUAAUAGAACCAUUUUUACUUUGCUUUGAGGGAGAUUUUUGAUUUAAUGGGGAAUUUUAAGGUGUCAUGGAAAUAUGGAUUCUUUGUUUUGGCCACUGAAUGGACUCUCUCUUCAGUGGGAUUAUCAAGGAACUUCAGAUCAGGGAAAUCUCCGCUUUGGGACCUUCUAUCUGCCUCCCAACUCCUCAAGGUCACCUAUAGAAGCGAGCUACCAAGAGACAUCUCCUAAGCAUUUUGGUGGCCUAGUGACUCAGGGCAGAGUGGCCAGCACACCUCUCAUCCGCCCCUCCUGCUCCAUCACUGCUGAGCCUCUCCCCAUCUAGAAUGUUGGAACUGGAGCAUCAUAAAGAUAGCAAGCUACCUUCCAAGGCCGAGCCAGCCCAGAGAGGAGCAUGCCUUCCUUUACCUCCCCCUAAAGAGAUACUACAUGGGAAGGGGACACAGAAAAAGGGAAGGAAAUUGGCUAGUCUGGCUUUUUUUUUUUUAAAGGCAAAGAUUGACAUUAUUGAAGGAAAGGGGAUGAAGACAACUGUGAACUCACAGUGAGCCCUGUGGAAAGAAGAGACAGACAGAGUGUGGGUUUGAUCGGAGGCCUCUGCUGUCAAUGGUUUCCAGGAACAAUGCCAUUUGUCACGCUUUCCAAAUUUCUUAGGCAUUUAUUUUGAUAAGUUUAUAGCCAUCAUGUUUCUAAGAGACUUGGAGACACCAGCAAACUGCUAGAACUCAAACUCUUCAAUUACUCAAAGAAGGAGCCAUUUCAAUUAACUCAAGUGAAUGAAAGACUUUUGGAAUCUGCAGUGGGUCCUUCCCUGUUGACCAUUUGGUAACUUGUAAUCUGACCAAAAACUCUUGAGCUGCAACAGGCCUUGCCAGAGGGCUCAGGAUGGGAAAGGAAGAAGGGGAUAGGAAAAGAAGAGGUAAUUUUACGUUUCCCCUUUAAAGUAAAUUCUAGCCAACUCAUCAUUCUGAAGUGUCCCUAUAAAGAAUGAGUCGAACUAGACCAGAAGCCAGCCUACUCCUUCUUACAUAGCUUCUCCAACAGGGGUAGCAAUGACCUGUCCACUUCAAACACAGAUAAGGCCUGCCAUCCUCAUUGGUUAAAGGCACACGUGAGACUUUCAGUGGGCUCUGCUGAGAAGGAAGGCAGCCCAGGAGUCAGGUAUGCAGGCAUUGCAUUGUCAGUGUCUGCUUUCAGAGUUUACACAUUCAAUUGCUUCCAAGGGUGAAUCUCCUGCUCUGUGAAUGCUGUCAGACCCCAAAGGCCAACCUUGGGCUGGGUCUAUGUACAUUCUUCCGAAGCACUGAUGAUCAAAAUUGAAGACACAUUCAGAGGUUUGAUUGGUUGAGAUUAACUGGUGUGGUGGUUGGUGUAUGUAUGUUUUAUUUUUAUGUCUUUGUAUGUAGUUCUACAUAAUGUAAAUUGUGCUUUCUGAUGGACAAGACCUCAUAACUGUGAUUAAUAUCAAUAAAAAGGGGAUGUUGUGGA